UCGGCGCUACAUCGCUGUUACUGCCAGCUCUAGCUGCUGCUUAAAAAUUAUUAACAAAUCGCCGUUUUUUCAUGUGAAACACAUCGUGUGCCAAAAGUGCAACACGCCCGCGCCAGAAACAGGGCCCACACGGACACAGACUCGCACGGAAACAGCCACACACACCAGCCAACACAGCGCUUAAAUGUCACAGCACUCGAAGAAGGAUAACAGCAGCAAAAGCAGCAGUAGCCAUGCGAACCAGAGCCACAAAAAUGCGAGCAACAGCAGCAGCAGCAGCAGUCCAAACUCCGUAGCCACCAGCGGCAACAAGAGCCACAAACGGCAUACGGCGGCCAAUGGCAGUGUGAAGGCCAAUAGCAAUUCCCAACAUACCAACAGUAGUCACACGCCCUCCAAGUCCCCCAGUGGCGUCGGUAGCAACAAUAGGAAUAUCAUAAUGCAGGGCGCCGGCGCCGCAUCUGCGCCAGUGCUUAGCAAGAAGGAGAAGAACCAAAAAGACAAGCAGCGCGAAAAGGAGCGCCUGGAACGCAGCCAGCUGGUACUCUGGCGGCAUCCGCUGCAGACCACCAAGUACUGUGGCCUCGAGCUGGCCGCCCUGCUGCGCACAUGGAGCGCCAGAUUGCUGCAGCAGCGGCUGCUACUGGCCGCCCUGAUAGUAUUAGGCAUUGUAUUUAGCAUAAUUUACAAAAUAGAUGGUCCCCAUCAGCUGUUCAUCGAGCUAGUGCGAAGGAACACCUGGUUCUUUGUCUACUGGCUCGGUUUGGGCGUACUCUCGUCGGUGGGCCUGGGCACCGGCCUACACACGUUCCUGCUCUACCUGGGGCCGCACAUAGCCAGCGUAACGCUGGCCGCCUACGAAUGCAAUUCGCUUCGUUUCCCCCAGCCACCGUAUCCAGAUGACAUCAUCUGCCCGGAGGAGCCAUACGAUAAGCGAGUACCAAAUAUUUGGUCCAUCAUGUCCAAGGUGCGACUGGAGGCAUUCCUUUGGGGCGCCGGUACAGCGCUGGGCGAGCUGCCGCCGUAUUUUAUGGCCAAGGCGGCGCGACUCUCGGGCUAUGAUCCGGACGAUGCUGAGGAGCUGGCCGAAUUCGAGGCAUUGAAUGCGAAGAGGCAUCAGAAGAACCUCAGUCUGAUGGACAAGGGCAAGCUGUUUAUGGAGCGCGUGGUGGAGCGCGUCGGUUUCUUUGGCAUCCUGGCCUGUGCAAGCAUUCCCAAUCCCCUUUUCGAUCUGGCUGGCAUUACUUGCGGCCAUUUUCUGGUGCCAUUCUGGACAUUCUUCGGGGCCACGCUCAUCGGCAAGGCCGUGAUCAAGAUGCACAUCCAGAAGAUCUUUGUUAUAAUUGCCUUCAACGAGACGCUUAUAGAGCGGGCGGUGGAUCUACUGGCCACGGUACCCGUGCUCGGCCAUAAGCUACAGGAGCCGUUCAAGGCGUUCCUUAAAAAUCAGAAGCAGCGACUGCAUCGGCAGCAACGUGGAGCGUCUGGUGGCGCUGGCGGCGGUGCUGGUGAUUCCGGCAAUCUGCUGUCCAAGAUCUUUGAGACGUUCGUCAUCGGUAUGGUCUGCUAUUUUGUGGUCUCCAUUGUGAACUCGCUGGCCCAGAGCUAUCACAAGCGACUGCACAAGAAACCGUCGGCUGUAACGCCACCACAUGCCGCAGCGGGGCCCAAGAGGCUGGGCAAGUCAAAGGCUUUAAGGGAUUAGAGGGUGUGGCAAUCUCUUCGGAACCGUUUCGUUUUUAUAUAUUUUUUGUUUGAUGUGUUUAUCGCUUUUAGUCGAAUUAUAAGUGUAUGCGGUGAAUCGAUGAGUUCUUUUUUUUUGUCGAAAGAGAGAGAAAGCGAGAGUGCGGGAAAAGCCAGAGGAAUUUACCUUGUAGACUAGAUUAGGAAAAGCAGAAGGGCGAGGAGGAGGAUGUGGGUGGUGAACCGUAUAGCAGCCACAAUAGACGGAGAAUAUAUAUUUUAGUAAAGUGAAUACAAAACCCUAGAAAUUUAUGUCGCUGCGCCGCAAAAGUAAAAGGGACAGCAGCUAGUCGUCGCUCCUAAAGAAAAACAAAAGCAAAUACAAAUUGUGCAAAAGCAAAAGCUGUGCAAAAGACAAAACAAUAGCAAGCCAGAGCAAAACAGAGAACCCAAAAUUAAGUGUAAAGUAAAGGAAGGAUGAAGAAUAAAGUAUACAAGUGCUGAAAAAUAAACGAAAUAUGGAAUAUAUAUACAACUGAAA